GUAAUAUUUCUACAGUGUAUUCAGCCCGCUCUUGAACACCAUUAAGACACUACAAUAAUUCAUUUAUAUACUAUACGAUAAAUGUUUUUGAAAGACGUCACUCCGUCAUGAGUGUUAUUGCUAUAAUAGUGAAAGCACGUUGAAGUAAUCGGAGAUUUUAGUGCCGUUGAGAGAAACAGCCAAGGUGCAGUUAAUCGCUUACGCCUAUUAAUCGCACGUUUGACCGAGUUAAGCGCUGCCCUUGUCAAAGUUCACGACUUUGCUAUCCACGAUGUUGGCAUUUCGAGCCUUGACACCCAAAUCAUGUCCCUCUCUGGUGAGGAUUCACACUAGUGCCCGGUGGAGCGGCGCUAGGGUCGCUGUGGUGUUGUCAGGCUGUGGGGUGUAUGAUGGUACAGAGAUCCACGAGGCAUCGGCGUCGCUAGGAGUGGAGAAGGACCUGAACCUGUCUGCCAUCGCCAGCAUAGGUGACCAGAGCUUGGGAAAGAGAAUCAAAAUGGUCUGAUGUGCCCCACUGCCA